GAAAGUGUUACCAAAGUUUUUUUGUGUGUGGUGGUCUGUGGGCGGCGCGCGCACUUCCAGAACUCACGGUGCGCGAAGCGAUGCGCUUCAUCCGGACGCGCGCUCAUCCAUGCAGCGGAGAGAGCAGUGGAUCUGACCGCUGAAGAGGGUAUCUCCUCCAGUUACCCAACCAAUGUGAUACCACCCGGCUGUUCGGUAGAGGUGUUCCUCUGUCGUCUCGAUUGUCUUCACCUUGUUUACUCUUAAUAGCAAUAUUUCUUCGCAUCCAGAGAAUAAUGGAAGCGCUUGCGACGAGAUGCGCACUCUUUCUUGCGCAGAUCGCACUCUUUAGCAAUACAGCAGAUGUAUCAGAAGCAUAUGGAUUCAGAUCACAGAAGAAACUCUCAGAGAACAUAGACUGGUCAUAUGCGGGAACUCUAAACCAAAAUAACUGGGCAAAGAAAUACCCGUCAUGCAAUAAUGCCAAACAAUCACCAAUAAACAUUGAGGAGAGCCUGGCGCAGGUCAAAAUUCAAUUCCAGAAGCUGAGAUUAGAGGGAUGGGCGGAAAAGACAUCAGACUCCACUAUAGUAAAGAAUGACGGGAAAACAGUGGCCAUUGAUGUGGGAGGAGAUUUUUUUGUGAGUGGAGGGGGUCUCAGGUCCAAGUUUAAGGUGGGACGUAUCACUUUCCACUGGGGCCUGUGCAAUGCCUCCUCUGACGGGUCGGAGCACAGCCUCAACGAUAAAAAAUUCCCCCUGGAGAUGCAGAUAUACUGUUACGAUGCAGAUGUUUUCAGUGGCCUCGAUGAAGCCCUCAGCGCAGGAGGAAAGAUCACAGCGUUGGCCGUGCUGUUUAAGAUAAGCACUGAAGAUAAUGAAAACUACAUGGCCAUCAUUGAUGCAGUCAACAGUGUCAGCCGUUAUGGAAAGAGUGGCCCCGUCUCUCCGUUUACUCUGCAGGGUCUCCUGCCCAACUCCACAGAGAAGUACUUCAUCUAUAACGGCUCUCUGACAACCCCACCCUGCUCUGAGACCGUAGAGUGGAUCAUCUUCAAAAACACGGUGACCAUCUCAGAUGUUCAGCUGGAGAUGUUCUGUGAGGUGAUGACCAUGCAGCAGGCUGGAUAUGUCAUGCUUAUGGACUACCUGCAGAAUAACUACAGAGAGCAGCAGGAGCAAUUUAUGGGACAAGUCUUCUCAUCCUACACUGGCGUCGAGGAGGUCCACACACCUAUUUGUAGUUCUGAGCCCGAGAAUGUGCAAGCCAACCCUCAUAAUCACACCAGUAUGCUUGUGACCUGGGAGAGGCCACGGGCUGUUUAUGAUUCGAGCAUAGAGAGAUACUCAGUCACCUACCGGCCGGCCCAGGGCGAUGAUGAAUCGGCCUUCGAGUACUUGACUGAUGGAGACCAGGAUGUGGGGGCGAUCAUUCAAGACCUGGUGUCCAACACUAGUUACAAGGUGCAGGUAGUUGCCGUGUGCACCAAUGGUCUGUAUGGCAGAGUGAGUGACCAGCUGACCGUGGACAUGCCCUUGGAUGAUCCUGAAUCAGACAAUGACUCCGACUCGUUUGAGUAUGAUGAAGAGGAAGACUAUCACAUCAAUCCCUUUUUGAUCAGACCUGGCACAAAUCAGCUUCCAUAUCCCUUCCAAACCACUACCACCGGCCCAAGAGUUACUACAACACAGCGCCCGAUCCAUCCAGUAUUCAAGACGACACCAAGGACUCAUGAAAGAAGACUCCCGGUAGAAGACUCCCAGAAGACUCAUGAUCAUUAUUUUCCACCAGUAUACACAGAUAAACCUACUCUGAAAUACACAGACCAGCCUACUGUCCACGCAACCAUAACCACCAGUUUUGUUGUUGAUGUACAUACCACUACACCAGAUGGCUCUAGCAUUGUAGCUGGUGUAUCCUUAGAGUCUGAUGGCCAAAGCAAUACCUUCACAGAUUCUCCAACAAGCAUCACCCCUGAAACAAACAUCAUCCCUGAAACAAGCGCCACCUCUGAAACAAACGUUACUCCUGAAACAAGCAUAACCCUUGAAACAAGUGUUACCCCUGAAACAAGCAGAACCCUUGAAACAAGUGUUACCACUGAAACAAGCAGAACCCUUGAAACAAGUGUAACCCCUGAAACAAGCAGAACACUUGAAACAAACAUUACCCCUAAAACAAGCAGAACCCUUGAAGCAAGUGUUACCCCUGAAACAAGCAGAACCCUUGAAACAAACAUUAUACCUAAAACAGGCAAAACCCUUGAAGCAAGUGUUACCCCUGAAACAAGCAGAACCCUUGAAACAAGUGUAACCCUUGAAGCAAGCAUUACCCCUAAAAUAAGCAGAACACUUGAAACAAGCGUAACCCUUAAAACAUUUGUAAUCUCCCCUUCGUUAGACAUUUUGGAGGUUGAGGAAGUGACUCAACCUGUAACCGACUCACACAGCCAUGGGGAGAGUUCAGUGACUGUGCCUGAAAUCCCAAUGGAAUCAACUUCUUCUACCUUCCCCCCAGAGGUCCCUCUGUGGCCUACAACUGCUAGCUUGCCCUUUCCAACCACUGCUGCUUUCAGCACUGUUCUGUCGCAGACCACCCAGCCGGUGUUUAAUGGUGAGAGUGCCUCAUAUGCCCCCUCUGUAUUUGAUACUUUGUCCUACGUGCAUGCAAGUCCUGUGUCCCCCUAUUCUUUAAGCAGUGUGUUGUCUGAGCCCAUUCCUGACUGGGACAUCCCAUACACUGUUUCCAUGCUGGUGUAUGGUGGUGCACAGUCUAUUACCCCUUCCCCUUCCUACCCUACCCUAUUCCUCACCGGCUCUGUGUCUUAUUUAGACAUGGAGCCUGUCUCUAGUGGUGAUUGUAAUGAUGAUGAUGGUGAUGAUGAUAUUGUAUCUGGGUCCAUCUCAGCUGACCCUCAGUGUAGAAGUACUCUUCCCCUUCAAGCGUUACCAGAGGUGACUGCUUCUGUGGUCUCCAUGCAGCCAAUUUCCGAACAUGACCUGUUUGAGUCCCUUAGUAUUGUCUCCACGCUGAGCACUCUUGCACAUCUCCAGCCUUCGGUUCCUGUUUCUAACGACUACUCUCUGAUGACGACAACCCUUGACUCUGACUCUUCUCUCUCAGGUAGCGUUAAGGACUCUAGACUGCUGACGGAAUGGGUAGAUUCUUCUCUAGUAGCUCCUACAUUUAGUCAAGACAGUGGUGCAUCUACUGAAAUCUCUCUGAAUGCCUCUUCUAAUUUCCUGCUACCCUCCUCUACUUCGGGACUGUCCCCUUGUAGUGGUCUUUUGGGUGACCCAUCUACUCCUGUAGAACACCAUUCGUUUCUGUCCACCUCCAGCACCGGUACUCUUCUGUGCAGCGACGCAGACUUAGUCCUCCACACCAAGGCUCUUUUGUCUUCUCCUCCCAUUUCUACCAUGCCUUCUAGUGACCUCAGCAUUUCUGUUUCAGCCACUGUCAGCAGCGUUGCACAAAAAGCAACUGGACAGUCCCAGGGAGCGACUGUUCCCAUAAGGUCUUCAACUAUUGUGCCAACCUCUACUCCAGAAUUAAUAUUUAUACCUACUCCUGUGGUGCCUCCAACUGUUGCACCAACCUCUGCCCAAGAAUCCAUCUCAGUGGUUGCUCCCGUGGUGCCCCCAACUAUUGCAGUUUCCUCUGCUCCAGAAUCUAGUUCCAUGCCUACACACUCUGCAGAUGGACAGCUGGAGAACAGUGCAUCGGGCUGGGCUCUCGACUUAGAUUGGGGCCAGAGCUCAGCAUCAGGAGAUGAGAGUAUUGUCCCAUACAUUACCACUGCCACUCCUACAGAGGUACCUCCUGAUGAGACAGAUGAUGGGAACGAGGAGCACUCUUCCUCCUUCUACUUCGAGGGUGAGAAUGGGACAGAUAGUGACUCUACCGAGUUCAGAGUCACUCUGCGCCCCAGCCCAUCCUGGACUCAAAAAGGAAAUGGAGAAGAAGAGAGUGGAUCAGGUGAAAACCUCACAGAUAACGAGACAUCUUCAGACUUCAGUAUUCCAGAGCGCACUGAGAGGGAUUCAGAGGAGGAACCAGUGGAAGACGCCAGUAACAGCAGUCAUGAGUCGCGGGUGGGCCUAGCGAGCAGCAUAGAGCGCCAGAAGAAGGCUGUGAUUCCUCUGGCUGUGGUCUCCACCCUCACCAUCCUGGGUCUCAUUGUUUUGAUUGGUAUUUUUAUCUACUGGAGGAAAUGUUUUCAGACUGCUCAUUUCUACAUUGAAGACAGCACAUCACCCAGGGUUAUAUCCUCCUCACCAUUGCUGAGCCCUACAGGUGAACACGAACCCCAGUCAGUAAAGCAAUUUGUAAAGCAUGUGGCUGAGCUUCACAACACCAGCUCAUUUUCUAGAGAGUUUGAGAUAUUGAAAGAGUAUUUUGAGGAAGUUCAGACGUGCACCGUGGACCUCGGAACAACAACAGACUGUUCCAGCCAUCCAGACAAUAAGAACAAGAACCGAUACGUCAACAUUUUAGCCUAUGAUCACAGCAGAGUGCGACUUGCACCCCUGAACGACAAAGAUGGGAGAAGCGGAGGAGACUAUAUAAACGCCAACUACAUUGAUGGUUUUAACAAGCAGAAGGCCUACAUUGCAGCACAAGGGCCCUUAAAGUCCAGCACAGAGGAUUUCUGGCGGAUGGUGUGGGAGCAGAAUGUGGGAGUGAUUGUUAUGAUCACAAACCUGGUGGAGAAAGGAAGGAGGAAGUGUGACCAGUACUGGCCUCUGGAGAACCAGGAAGAGUAUGGAUGUUUUUUGGUUACUGUAAAGAGCACAAAAGUCCUCGCUUACUACACCCAAAGAACCUUCACCAUCAGAAAUACCAGCAUAAAGAAGGGUUCUCAGAGAGGUCAUAGUAACGAGAGGAUGGUAAUACAUUACCACUACACACAAUGGCCAGACAUGGGCGUACCUGAGUACGUCUUGCCUGUGCUUUCAUUCGUCUACAAGUCCUCUCGAUCCCAAACUGAGCACAUGGGGCCAAUGAUUGUACACUGCAGUGCUGGAGUGGGCCGAACAGGGACCUACAUAGUGUUGGACAGCAUGUUAAAACAGAUUAAAGCAAAGGGGACAGUCAACAUUAUGGGAUUCCUCAAACACAUUCGAACACAACGGAACUAUCUAAUUCAAACAGAGGAGCAAUACAUCUUUACCCAUGAUGCUCUAGUAGAGGCCAUUUUGAGUCAAGAGACAGAGGUGCCAUCAAGCCAUAUUCAUCAGUAUGUUAACAACCUCCUGACCCCAGGGGCCUCAUGCAAGACACGACUGGAAAAACAGGUUAAAUUGGUGUGCCAGUCGAAUGCCAAACAGAAUGAUUACAGCAGUGCCCUGAGUGACGGCAACAGAGCCAAGAACAGAAGCUGCUCUCUGAUUCCUGUGGAGAAGUCCAGAGUGUGUCUGUCCACAUCAGCAGGAGAGACGUCAGACUACAUCAACGCCUCAUAUGUCAUGGGUUAUCGGCAGAGCAAAGAGUUCAUCAUUACCCAGAAUCCUUUGCCCAGCACAGUGAAGGACUUGUGGAGGAUGGUGUGGGAUCACAACGCCCAGGUUAUUGUUUCAUUGCCGGACACGAGUAGCACGACAGAAGACAUCGAGCCAAUCAUAUUCUGGCCUGCGAGAGAUCAGCCAAUCAGCUAUGAGACAUUCUCUGUGUCAUUAAAAGGGGAGGGCCACGUGUGCCUGUCCAAUGAAGAUAGGUUGAUAGUGCAGGAUUACAUCCUAGAGGCCACACAGGAUGAUUUUGUUCUAGAAGUGAAACAUUACCGGGCUCCACACUGGCCAAACCCAGACAGUCCCAUCAGUAACGUCUUUGAGCUGAUCAACAUCAUCCAAAAAGAGUCCGGCUCCAAAGAUGGACCUAUGGUCGUACAUGACGAGUGUGGUGGUGUGACUGCUGGAACGUUCUGUGCGCUGUUCACUCUACUGCAACAGCUCGAGGCCGAGAGCGCGCUGAACGUCUACAUGGUGGCCAAGAUGAUCAACCUCAUGAGGCCUGGAGUCUUCACUGACAUGGAUCAGUAUCAGUUCCUCUACAAAGCCAUUCUGAGUUUGGUCAGCACCCAAGAAGACGAGCGAGCGCUUCAGUCCUCCGAUAACAACGGCACGGUCCCAGGAGGCGUCUCGAGUGCGGCCGAGAGUCUGGAAUCCUUGGUGUAACCAUAGUGACGAGCCGGAAAAAGACUGUUUUUUUUUUUUCUAUCAAAGAAAGCUCUUGUUUUUCCCAGUCCAUCUCUGAACUGACUGCGCUCUGCUGGAUGCAGCGCCGGCAUUAAAUGUGUGCCUUUGUACACUCCACGUUUUUAUUCAUUGUUUCUCUCUUAAAUCGCCAUCUUGUGCUAAUGUCUUACGUACUAAUGUCUUCUCAUAGAGUCAUAUUUAUUGGCUUAAAAGCUUGUUUAAAGGGAAAACACCUUUUUUUAUUUUAAUAAGACUGUUUUUUAUUAGUCUAUUUUUUGUAGUAGAAUUUCAGCCACUGUUUUUUCAUACAGAUAUACAAAGAAAGUGGCAAAAUCAGCCGUGGAUACAGGGGAGGAAAUAAUAUUCUAAUGUGUAAAUAAUAUUACAGCAACCACGUCGAUGGACCAAAUUUCUAUUUAUGUCUAGAAUUUUAUAUUUGAGGCACUAGUGCUGUAAGACAUGGCUGCAUUUGAAUAAUUUAGUCAUAUUUGAAAUGUUUUAAUAUUUCUGAUGCCGCUCUGUUUUGUUACUGAUGUAAGAUGAUGCGUUACAUACUGACACUGUUUAGCUGUAUGAGAUGUUUUUGUCUGUUCGUAGGAUUAAACGAAUCAAGAAAACA